AAAUUUCACUAGUUUCCCAUAUCCGUCAAUGAUAUGUGCCGGAGUUCCCACAUAUUUCAGAAUAGUAUGCCUUUAUUUGUGGUUUUCCUACAGUUUUUCAUUUUUAGAUUAAUUGUUUCCCAGACGACGCAGAAUAUUAAUGUUUUAUUAAUCAACGAAGAAAAUAAUGCCCUAGCUGAAAAAUCCUUUGAAAUAGCGAAAGAAUAUGUGAGACGUAAUCCAAGUUUAGGAUUAGCGAUAGAACCAGUUAUUGUCGUUGGAAACAGAUCUGACGCCAAAACUUUCCUAGAAAAUGUUUGCAGGAAAUACAACGAUAUGCUAUCAUCGAAAAAAACACCUCACGUUGUCUUGGAUUUCACAAUGACCGGCGUCGGAUCAGAAACUAUAAAAUCUUUCACCGCUGCAUUGGCAUUGCCAACGAUAUCGGGUUCAUUCGGACAAACGGGAGAUCUACGACAAUGGAGGUCACUUAAUGCUAACCAAACUAAAUUUCUUCUGCAAGUGAUGCCUCCUGCAGAUAUUCUACCUGAAUCCAUCAGAGCUAUUGUUACUAAACAAGAUAUCACGAAUGCCGCAAUUAUCUUUGACGAGCUUUUUGUUAUGGACCAUAAAUACAAAUCUUUACUACAAAAUAUUCCAACUCGUCAUGUUAUUACGCCAGUAAAAAGUUUUAACAAAGAAGACAUCAAAACUCAAUUACGCAGCCUGCGGGAAUUGGAUAUAGUAAAUUUCUUCAUUGUCGGUAGUUUGAGGACUAUCAAAAACGUGCUAGACGCAGCGGAUGAAAAUCAGUAUUUCGGCCGGAAAACGGCCUGGUUCGCGUUCUCGUUAGAUAAAGGAGACAUUACUUGCGGCUGUAAAGAUGCCACAAUUGUUUAUAUGAGACCAACGCCAGACGCAAAGAGCAGAGAUCGUUUGGGAAAAAUCAAAACCACUUAUAGCAUGAACGGGGAGCCGGAAAUUACAUCUGCGUUCUACUUCGACUUGUCUUUGAGGACAUUUUUGGCUGUCAAAUCCCUACUGGACUCUGGCAAGUGGCCAAAUAACAUGAAAUAUAUCACAUGCGACGAUUACGACGGCAAGAAUACACCUAACAGGACCUUGGAUCUUAAACUGGCUUUUCAAGAGGUGAAAGAGACUCCAACUUAUGCUCCGUUUUAUAUCCCCGGAGACGACCCUAUGAAUGGAAGAAGCUACAUGGAAUUUAGUACUGAUUUAUCGGCAGUUACCGUCAAAGAUGGUGCUUCUAUAGGUAGUAAGGCCCUAGGAACUUGGAAAGCUGGUCUUAACAGUCCGCUGUCUUUGACUGAUUCCGAUAACAUGAGCGAUUAUUCCGCUCAACUUGUGUACAGAGUUGUUACAGUCGAGCAACAACCUUUCAUAAUACGAGACGAUAAUGCCCCUAAAGGUUUUAAGGGAUAUUGCAUUGACCUAAUCGAGGAGAUUCGUCAAAUCGUUAAGUUUGAUUACGAAGUGACUUUAUCACCUGACGGUAAUUUCGGAACGAUGGACGAGAAUGGUAACUGGAACGGCAUCAUAAAGGAAUUGAUCGAAAAGAGAGCGGAUAUCGCUCUAACUUCUCUGUCAGUAAUGGCUGAGAGGGAAAAUGUUGUAGAUUUCACAGUGCCUUACUACGAUUUGGUGGGUAUAACGAUAAUGAUGAAGUUGCCUAGAACACCGACGUCACUGUUUAAAUUUUUAACAGUACUGGAAAAUGACGUGUGGCUGUCGAUACUUGCCGCUUACUUCUUUACCAGCUUUUUAAUGUGGGUAUUCGACAAAUGGAGUCCGUAUAGUUACCAGAACAAUCGAGAAAAAUACAAAGACGACGAGGAAAAACGCGAAUUUACGCUUAAAGAAUGUCUUUGGUUCUGUAUGACGUCACUUACCCCGCAAGGCGGAGGGGAGGCGCCGAAAAACCUAUCCGGGAGAUUGCUUGCCGCUACUUGGUGGCUGUUCGGUUUUAUAAUAAUAGCAUCGUACACCGCGAAUUUGGCGGCUUUCCUCACUGUAUCUCGUUUGGAUACUCCAAUAGAAUCGUUGGACGAUCUAUCGAAGCAAUACAAAAUACAGUACGCUCCAUUGAAUGGUUCUGCCGCCAUGACAUAUUUCGAAAGGAUGGCCGCUAUCGAAGUCAGAUUUUAUGAAAUAUGGAAAGAAAUGAGUUUGAACGACAGUCUAAGUGAUGUCGAACGCGCUAAGCUAGCCGUAUGGGAUUAUCCGGUCAGCGAUAAAUACAGUAAAAUGUGGCAGGCCAUGAAAGAGGCAGGCCUGCCUAACUCGAUAGAGGAAGCCGUGCAAAGGGUGAGGGAUUCGAAGAGCUCGAGCGAAGGUUUCGCCUGGCUGGGAGACGCUACGGACGUUAGGUACUAUGUCCUGACGAGCUGCGAUCUUCAGAUGGUCGGAGACGAAUUCUCGAGGAAGCCUUACGCUAUUGCCGUGCAGCAAGGAUCUCCUUUGAAAGACCAGUUUAACAACGCGAUUCUGCAGCUACUUAACAGACGUAGACUAGAGAAGCUCAAAGAAAACUGGUGGAACAAUAAUCCCAAAGCGAUGAAAUGUGAAAAGCAAGAUGACCAGUCCGACGGGAUCUCUAUUCAGAACAUCGGAGGUGUUUUCAUAGUUAUCUUUAUGGGGAUAGGACUUGCUUGCAUCACUCUGGGCGUCGAGUACUGGUGGUAUAAAUGGAGGCGACGUCCAAUUGUCGGUGACGUCACACAGGUGGAACCAGCUAAAUCAACGAGAAAUAACAUCGGAAAUUUCGUCAAAGGCGAAGGAUUCACUUUUCGUUCUAGAAACUUCGGUCUCUCCGAUUUAAAGCAGAAAUUUUAAAAUCUAAUUCUAUGUCAGAUUUAGAGAUCUGAGAUUUCUUUGAUAACCGAUCUUAAAAAUUUUAUUUUAGAGAAUUUCAAAAACGUAAAAGUGAUAAAAUCUUAUUGGCCGUGUGUCUUGUUGCUCUGUUUUUAUGCAAUAUAUUAAUUGUUUCUGCUUAUGAAUGUGGUUUAUAGCGAUGUCGUUGACCUAGUUUACUCGUAAUAUAAUAAGGUUCUGCUCCAUAAAUUUUAUAUGCAAGUGUGUGGAAAUAAACACGUUUAUUAUGCACAGUA